AUGAAUAAGGGAGACAGUACCCUUAGGGUUGAAAUCAAGACCUCUGAAGCUGCCCAGCUGGCUGAAGAGAAGACUGAUGAGGAACCAAAACCAACUUUCUUGGAAAUAGAUGAACUUGAAUUAUCGGAUCGAGAGGCGGAGGACAUUGAUGUGAAUCACAGACGAAUAAAGUGCAUAUCAAAGUUGGAAACUAUACCCAAUGCAAGGAAAUUGUGUUUGAGAAAUAAUCUGAUUAAGUUGAUCGAGAAUCUGGAACCACUUGCAGAAAUUCUGGUGGAUUUGGACUUGUACGAUAACCAAAUCACUAAGAUAGAAAAUCUCGAUUGUCUGAAAGUUAUUGAGAUUCUCGACCUGAGUUAUAACCGCAUUCGAACGAUCGAGAAUCUGGAUUCUCUUAAGAGUCUCACCAAGCUGUAUCUUGUGAACAAUAAAAUUUCGACAAUUGAGAACCUCUCCGGUCUGCAUAACCUCACAAUGCUGGAGCUUGGAUCUAACAAGAUCCGAAAAUUGGAGAACCUUGACUUUUUCCCAAAUCUUGAAGAGCUUUAUGUAGGCAACAAUAAGAUUGCGAAGUUGGAGGGACUUGAUAAUCUGCCAAAACUGAGAAUAUUGAGUAUCCAAUGCAACCGAAUCACAAAGCUGGAGGGCUUAGACAAGUUGGUUAGCCUUGAGGAGCUCUACAUAAGCUUCAACGGUAUUAGCAAAAUUGAAGGUCUGGAUAACCUGGCCAACCUCCAAACCCUUGAGUUGGCGAAAAAUCGAGUCAGUCGAAUAGAAAACAUCGACCACCUGCACAAACUGGAGGAGCUGUGGUUCAACGACAAUCUCGUCGCUGAUUGGGAUCAGAUCGAGGCUCUGGUGCCAAUGAAACAGCUCAAAACCCUCUACAUGGAACGCAACUGCAUCUACUUUGCACCCGGCUCAACCACGAUGGACUCAGCCUAUCGACGCAAAAUCCUUCUCAGACUCCCCUGGUUGAGACAACUUGACGCUACCCUAACCGGAGUUGGAAUGUAA